UCAUUGGGUCAAAUAUCCCCUCGCCAGCUCGCCUCGGCAGGAGAAGAACCCUAGCCUCCGUCGCGAUCCAGAAGACCAGAACCCACCAAAUCGAAAACUAGCCAAAUCCAAAUCGAAAUCGCCACUGCGCACCGUGACUCCGUCCGCAUGGCUGGCCGGGGUAACCGCCGCCGCCGGGCUAAGGUGGAGGUGCAAGCAGUAGAGAUUGCCUACUCGCGCUCCUCCCACCUCAAAACCCCUCUUUCGAAGCUGCGUCAGCCACCAAUCAGGGAGGGGAAGGAGGGAAACCGGCCGCCGGCCAAGAAGGAGCAGGAGGGAAACGAGGGAUGGACGCAAGCGGACCGGAAGGCCAUGAGGCGGAGCUUGCUGAGCCUCAUCCACCGUUACUACCUCGACGCCAUCUCACGGCUGCCCACCGCCGACCUCCGGGCCACCCUCGCGCGCGGCCUCCUCGUCGCCGGCCACUGCUACGGCCCCUUCCACCCCCUCCACAACAUCAUCCUCAAUUCCGUCUGGUACGUCUCCGCCUUCCCACUCGGCGACUCGGCCUGGGUCGAUGUCGACAUGAUCAGCAACGACGGCAUCGUCCAAGCGUGCCACCGCUCUCUGGAUGGGCUGGUAGCUUCUCUCCGACACUUCUGCCCGGCCCUCUCCACCGGCGACGCUCUGUGGAAUCUAAUGUCUGCCGAUGCCGAUCUCUCUGACGCUGUCGCCCUGGCAAAACGGGUCAGCAAAUCCAGCGCGCAGGCAGCGAUGCGUUCUCAGGCCCGUGCUGCCUUUCGGGCGGCCGCCAAGGCAGCACAGCACCCCAACCCUGCCGCCUUUCGGCUGUUCGCGUCGUCGGUGUUGCCCACUGUAAAACGAGACAUCGUCCCUUUUCUGCGGGUGAAACACAUGCUUUCCUCUAUGGACAUCGAGCACCUCGUGAAAUCACUGGUACCUGACUCUCCAAAAGAGCUUCUGCAGCCUCCCUUGAUGAUCGCCCCAGAUGUUCAUGAUGCAAUUGUAUCCCACAAGAAAUUGGAAGAGGCAAUGGUCGAAGUUGUGAGAGUGGCAUUGUUCAAGUACACACUACAAUCGGAGGAACAGUUUGUUCUUCAUUCCGUGUGUGGUGUGAAUUUGCUGAAGAACGAGAGUUUGGAUAAUUGUUACCACAUUAACUUCUUCGCACGUCGUAAGGAAUCUGGUCCUGUGUUAGGCGCCCCUCUGCUCUUCUUCACGGAGGCAAUUGUUCCAGCUGUUGAUGAAAGCAGUAUACGCCUGUGUGUGGUGGUUGAUCCGUUAACAGAAAUUGGGAGCUGCUUUGCUUGUGAGACUAACAAAAAGAUGAUUGUGCACCCCACCUAUGAUGAAUACCUUGGUGGCCGGGAUUUUCAACUGGACGAUGUUGACAGUGAUGGUGAUUUUCCAAAUCCAUUGGAUCUCGACUACAACUUAUUUUUAUGCUGACAGGGACGCCGGAUUUACAUAUCAUUGGAUGGUAUAGUUCUGACAAGUGAGGUUCUCUACGUUGAUUUUCGUCUCCAAGAGGAAGUUGUGAUGAUGCAAGUCUGCAGGAAAACAAGUUAUGUUAGCAGAGUCAAGAUGAUGACAAGACUACUCAGUUCUGGUUUGUGUUUUAAACGAUAUAUGUUCAUCCUGUUGACUUGCUGCUCUGCAGAAGAGUUUCGUUCACGUUCUACUGGUAUGUGUAGCCAGUUUCGAUUGGGAACUUACCAUUAGCCUUUUUCUUUUGGAGAGACGCUCUCUGUCUUUGGAAGUUGUGCUUUCAAUAUAUGUUUAUCCUUGUUG